UAGUGUGCAAUUUCCAGGGAAGCUUCGUGGAAGCUGCCUCAAAUGGCUGUCACCAGACUCACCACACUCCAUUUAAACACUCAUGUUCUGCUCUCUUGCCCCUCAACCACCUCCUUUCAUUAUUUCUCUCUUCUCUGUCUUCUCUACACUAAUCUUCUCCAUCCGUGUCCCUAUCAAUUCUCUAAAUUUCGCUAUGAAAUUCAUCAAAAAACUCAGCCCGAAAAACUUUUUCAGCCCCAGAAAAGACCGAUCCACGGUAUCCAGAUCAGAUCCAUCAUCGUUUGGCUCAGGUACCGCCUCAUCCUCCUCCUCCUCCUCCGCGUCCUCCUCCGCUGCAGCCAAGACCGGUUUUCGGACUCCUACCAGCAUUUUGCCACAAGUAUCGGGUGACUGGACCGAUAUCUCGGCCGAUCUUUAUUUCGAGUUGACCCAGGCCUUUAAGCUAAUUGACAGGGAUAACGACGGCCUGGUCUCAAGAAAUGAGCUGGAGGCUCUUCUUACCCGGCUUGGAGCCGAGCCGCCGAGCAGCGAGGAGAUGGCCGUUAUUUUAGGCGAGGUCGACCAUAUUAGUGUCGAGGCGCUUGCGAGUCGUCUCGGCACGGCUUGCGAGCCGGCUGGGGACGAUGAGCUGAGAGAUGCCUUCGUGUUUUUCGACUCGGAUCGUGACGGGAAGAUAACGGCAGACGAAUUAUUAAACGUUUACAAGGCAUUUGGCGACGAAAAGUGCACGUUAGAGGAUUGCAGGCGUAUGAUAGCAGUGGUUGAUAAGAAUGGAGAUGGGUUCGUGUGCUUUGAGGACUUUUGUCGUAUGAUGGAGCUGCGGAGAUGAUCAUGAUCAUGUGUGAUAAUUAUAUCAUAAACUAUAAAUCAUGUGAUGAUGGUUGCUCUUAAAAAAAUGUCCCUUGAAUUUCAUCUUCUGUUUUUUUGUUUUUUUCUCUCUUUGGGAUUGAAUUGUGUACUAGGUUUUGUGGGGUUAGUUAGGGAGAAGAGAUCAAAGAAAAAGAUCAGUCAAUCGGACGGUUGUGAUGGAUGAUCUUGUUUAGAAAAUUGUACUUCCCUCAACCGUAAUACGAGAAAAAAAAAAUCAGAAUUGUUUUCUCGUAAUUAUGUGCGGAAAUGUAAUGCUAAAAUUCUUCGCUUGA